AUGCCUCCCGCCCGAAAGGCAAUAACUAAGGCCGUCAUUGAGUGGGAUCGGGAGUUACUCACAUAUACUGGGAUCAUGUCAGCAGUCUCUUCGCUUCCUGGUGCAUCGUCCUAUAUCGCACCCCCAGGAUUCCCGACUGCUGCCUUCUCGUCCUACUACUAUUCCCCUGCCAAACCAACCGCAGAACCGCAGCCGAUCAUUCAUGAUCCUGUUCUGGGCUUUGACUUCCCCCUGAACCUCACGGAUCCCAAUGCAAUCCCACAAGAAAAGCACGAUCCCGUUGUCUUUCCGAAGCCCGUCUCCCAUCUGCCAGACCAUGAACAGAGGGCUUUGAUCCAGGGCGUCAAAAUCAACGUCACACGUCUGAUCGUAGAGUCGUCGAGCUCUAACUGUACCACAUGCAAAGAAGCUUUAGCGGCAGCCAAACCGGCUGCCCUAUAUGCCCCUACCCUCGUCCCAGAGGCCAUCAUUUCCCUCUGCAAGCAAUUCCACUUCCAAGAAGAUCCCUCCUGCGAAGAAUCGUAUGCCGUAUCCGCCUUCGGGGCGAUCUGGACCCAGGUUCUUGCCUAUGCAGACGUGCAAGCGCUCGACGGGAACUACAUCUGCAAUUCCCUGAGCCCGACAUUCUGCGAUAUGCCAUCCACCACUCCCCUAGACAUGACAAACCUCUUCCCAAAACCAAAACCCGCCAACCCCCGUGUCCCCAAGCCCAGCGGAAAGCGCAUCAAAGUAGCUCACCUGUCGGAUAUCCAUCUCGACCCUCGCUACGCCGUGAGCGCGGAAGCAAACUGCACCAAGGCCAAGUCGUGCUGCUGCCGGGCGAACCUCUUCAACUCCGCCUCCAACGGCACCAUCCUCGCCCCGGCGUCCGCCUACGGCGAGUUCCGAUGCGACUCGCCGUACGACCUCACCCUCGCCGCCCUCCAAGCCGUCGGCCCGUUGACGGGCACGGGGAAAGACCCCGACCAAGACAAGCUCGCCUUCACCCUCUACACCGGCGACCUGCUCGCGCACGAUGAGCCCCAGACCCAGAUCAACCGAGCCUACCUCGCCUACGCCGAGACAAGCGUCACAGACAUGCUGAAAACCUACCUCACCGGCCCCGUCUUCGCCACCCUCGGCAACCACGACAGCAGCCCCAAGAACAUAGACGCGCCGCACGGCCUCCCCACCACCGCCGGCCAGCAAUUCAGCUGGAACUACGACCACAUCGCCGGGCUCUGGCAGCAGGCGGGAUGGCUCGACGCAGAGGCCGCCGCGGCCGCGCGCACCCACUACGGCGGGUACUCAGUGAAGACGCCAGCCGGGCUGCGCAUCCUCGCCCUCAACACGGACUUCUGGUACGCGCCGAACCUCCUGACGCUCGUCAACACGACCAACCCGGACGUCUCGGGCACGCUGGCCUGGCUGGUCGCGGAGCUGCAGCGCGCCGAAGACGCCGCCGAGCGCGUCUGGAUCAUCGGCCACGUCCCGAGCGGCUGGGAGGGCGCCGGCGUGCUCCCCAACCCGACGGAUCUGUUCUACCAGAUCGUCGAGCGGUACUCGCCGCACGUCAUUGCGAAUCUCUUCUUCGGGCAUAACCACGAGGACGAGUUCCAUCUGUACUAUGCGGGCAAUGGGACUGUGCGCGCGCCGCGCACGGCGCUCGCAACCGCCUGGAUCGGCCCGAGCAUCACGCCCAAUAUGAACAUGAACAGCGGGUUCCGCGUGUAUGAGGUCGACACGGGGGACUUCAACGUCUACGAGGCGUAUACGUUCUUCGGCAAUGUGUCGGAGUUUGGGGCGCUGCGGGAAACUGGCCCCGUGUGGCGGGUGGAGUAUUCGACGCGCGAGACGGGCGGAGGAGCGUGA